AUGUCUCCCCUGCAAACUACUGGAUGGUUACCAGAGGAGAAUACACAAGGUUCAUUCCAACAAGUGAGAAAUACAAGAUAUGAAAUUAAGAAUCUUGAGAAUAUACAAUUCAUUAAACAAGAAAUUGGGAGAAAGUGUAAAGGGGAGCCAGAAUGUCAUGGACCUUAUCCCUUUGCAGUGGCUCCCUCUGAGAGGACUGGGAGAGAAGAUGCACAUCAAGAAUCUGCUCAAAGUAAUGACUUUGUGUCAGGAAUUCGUGUGGAUUCAUUUGCUUCUUGGAGUAAGUAUGUAGAUCCACUUAUGAAACAUUCCUUCACUGAGAAAAACAACAUAGAAAAUCAGCAAGGAAAUGUAGAUCAUGAUGCAAAACAUCAUUUGAAACAUUGUGAAUUUGGCUUGAAUUGUCAUUCAAAUAUUGCUGGAGACAAGAGAUUCCAAAAUAUGAAAAAAAUAUCUCAAUGGGAUUUGAGUGAUAAUUCGUUCAUCCAAAGUUCACUAUUUCUGCAUCAAGACUUCCUUCAGUUCUGUUCCAAUGUCUACAGUUUGGAUAAAAUUCAGAGGGCCAAUGUCAACACAGUGAUGCUUCAGGAAAGAGAACACAUUAGUAAUUAUGAGAAAAUUUGCAUCAAUGAUGAAACUGGCAUGGUAUUUGCUGAUCGAUGUAACCUAAGUAAAUUGGAGGGAGGUUCUGUGGUACAGGAGAGCCAUGAGCACAAGGAAUCAUGGGAAGACCCUAACCAGGGAUCAGAUCCACCUAACACACAGAGAUCUCCUUUUACACAUAACCAUGACAAGUGGGAGAAAUGGGCAAAAGUCAUCAAUGAGUGGCCAAAAGCUCUUACCCAUCCUAAUGUCCAGAGGAAAGACAGAUCUUAUGAAUGUAAGAAAUACAGUGAACCAUUUAAUCAGUUCUCAGUGUGUACAGAGCAUGAGAAAAUCAAUACCACGGAAAAGACCAACACACAUACAGGUGAAAAAUACAGGGAAAGCCCUGAUGAAUCAUCAAACCAAAUUGGACCUAAAACAAUAUGCACCCAAGAAGAUCCAUGGAAAAUCAAGGAAUGUGAUGAAUCACUUCCACCAUGUUUAAAUCUUGGACAACAGCAAAACAUCCAGAAUGAAGAGAAACCUCAUGAAAUAGAAGAUUGUAAAACUUUCUUUAGUAGUUCCUCACAUCAUGAGGUGCAUAAGAGUAUCCAUGCUGGAGAGAAAACCUACAAUUGUAAAGAAUGUGGCAAAACCUACAUUUCUUCCUCAGAACUGCUUUGUCAUCAGAGAAUCCACAUUGGAGGGAAACAUUACAAUUCUGAAGAAAGUGGGAAAGCAUAUAUGUGUUCCACACAACUUGUUCAUCCAGAGCUACUCCAUAUUGGAGAGAAACCAUACAAAUGUAAACAUUGUGCAAAGAGCUUUAAAUGUACCUCAAGCCAUGUUAUUCAUCAGAGAAUCCAUACUGGAGAGAAACCUCACAAAU